AUGGAUUCAUUAAACAAUCUCAUUGAAGUAAUUGCAAUUAAUGAUACGGACGAAGAGAGUGGAGGUAAAACUGAAGAAGAAUCCGAGGAUGAAUCGGAAGACUUUUUGGCUUUCGUCCAUCAAGUCCAGUCUGGCGAGUUAGCAAGAAAGAAUGACGUCAAGAUUAAAUCUGAUUUUAUAUCUUCAUUUCAAGUAAAAAGUCCAAAUGAAAAAACGUUGCCUCAGAUGAAAAAUUUUCACUUUACAAAACGAAAUAUGUGCUUUGAAAUGAUAAAUAAAGCUAGUAAUAGCACUCUUCCAACUAUAAAACCUGAUAUCAGUGGAAAGAAGUUUAACUUUAUGAAUUUGCUUUGUCCUAUCUGCUAUGUAUUCGAUUGCUCGAUGCACAAAAAACAUGAAUAUUUUCAGACUCCCGAGCAGACACUUUCAAACGAAGACGAAUCAUCUUUGAUUACGGAGCCUUGUGGGAAGGACUGUUUCGUAAAUAUCCGCAAUGACAAUCCACAAGCCAACUCAGUCAAGCUGGACGCGGGUACCCAAGAGAUGCUUGAACUGCUUAUCCCAACAUUUAAACGGGCCUACUGUAGCAUAGUACCAGUUUUGGGAAGACCCGAGUGCACUUGCAAGGAUGUGUAUCUCUUUGAUGUUAAUUUGCGGAAAUGCAAAACGGAAUCAUCUUUAGAUGCUGCUGAUUCCAUUACAGUCAAAGUCGAUCAAAGCUCCACAGUGCCUAAAACUCGUCGAAAAAGUUAUCAGCGAUACAUGUACUCAAUUAGUUCGCGGCGUUUUGGUAAAGAAUCAUCUCGUGACUUUGCCCGUUACUCCUGUAGCCACCCGGGAAAAAAUUGCAAUGAUGAAGAGGCGAACUGUCCAUGUUAUCUUCUGGCUACUCCUUGUGAGAAAUCGUGCUUCUGUCCAGUGGACUGUCGACAACGUUUCAUAGGGUGCUCGUGCAGAGGAGACGGCCCCAGCUGCUGCUCCAGUAAAGCCUGCCUGUGCUAUGAUUCUGGCCGUGAGUGCGACCCAGACGUCUGUAUCUCUUGCGGAGCUGACAACGCCGAAAGUAAAAGCUGUCUGAAUGUGGCCAUUCAAAGGGAACUGAGCAAGUCUCUCAGUGUGAAGCCUUCCAGUGUCCACGGUUGGGGGGCCUUUGCAGAGGAGACAGUGGAAAAGGGCGACUUCAUUUGCGAGUACAUCGGCGAGCUCAUCACCAAAGACGUCGGCGAGAAGCGUGGAAUUAAGUACGCUGAACUAAAGUCCAAUUACAUCUUCAGUUUGGAUAAUGAGCACGACAUUGACGCAACUGCGAUUGGAAACGAGACACGGUUCAUCAACCACUCAACAACGCAGGCAAACUGCUGUUCAAUGAUCAAGUUUGUCAAUGGCGAAAAUCGAGUUGGCAUUUACGCAUCCAAGCGCAUUGAAGAGCACAGUGAGCUGUUCAUGGAUUACCGCUAUGACGAUUCGGACACUGAAAUUUAUGGCUUUUCUAAACACUAA